UGCACCCUCCCUCCUCGUCCGUGGCCGUGCCUUAAUCCCUCGAAUCAGAGCAACUCUCGCCGCCUCCUCCUUUUGCAGAGAGAGUAAACCUCUCUCGAUCCCGUCGGAUGGGGAGGAGGCCAACCGAGGCGGGCGGGCGGCCCUUCUGGAUCCUCGUCGCGGCGGUGCUCGUCUCGUGCCCCCUGGCCUACCUCGCCCUGUCGACGGCCCUCCGCCGGCCGGAAUCCCGAUUCUCGGAGCAUUCGUACGACGGUGCCGGGCAGGAGGGGAGGGGAGCGGCCAGCGGCGACGAGGAUUGCUGCAGGGGCCAGGAGCAUCUGGAGCUCUGGGGGGCCGCCAUCAAGUGGGGCACCGAUCACAAGUUCAACUCGUCCAGGGAGUGCUGCCGAGCUUGCAAGUCCAUGUGUGGCGAGGAUGGGCCGUGCCUCUGUAACUCCUGGGUGUUCUGCGGCGAUAGGGAGCGGUGCGGCGACAGGUUCGGGGAGUGCUGGCUGAAGAAACAGGAAGAUGUCUUGCUUCCUGCAUUACAUGACUCUGGGAAAAAGGUGAUCUGGACUUCUGGUCUUAUUUAUGGAAAAGGAGAGGGCAUUGUUGGUCUGGAAACAGAUUAUGGAACACUUCGUAUCAAAGUAAGUGAUCAUGUCUAUAUGAUUAUAUCAACGCCAAUGCUAAAAUACAACCACAAAUUGUUCUACCUGCUUUUCCCUGAUUGUGCACCACACUCUGUUGCCUAUAUUCUUGAGCUAUUGCGAUCACGCCAUUGUGCUGGUUGCCAAAUUUAUCGCGCAGAAGGCCGAGGCUAUUCUUGGGAUACUAAAGGGAACCACAUAUCAGAUGCUUCUUUUGGUCCUCCUUAUGCUUUGAUUCAAGGAACACUAGAAGCUGAAGGAUUUCUAUUCAAGAAGUCACCAUUGGAGGCUUGCCCUGCAUUAACGAGAGGAUCUGUUGCAUGGGUUGACUCUGGCCCUGAUUUCUUAAUCAGCCUGGCAAAUCACAAUGAGUGGAGAAGAGCAUACACAGUCUUUGGUGCCGUUUUGCCCGAAGACAUGGAUAUUGCAGAAAAAAUAGCUGGCCUUGGAACGAAGUCAGAUGUGUGGGACAACAUUAAUGUGUUAGUGUUGGAAAAACCUAUAAAUCUAAAGCUCAAGCGAGUUGCAGAUAUAGGUGCAAGAGAGUCUUAGAUGCACUCUUAGCUGCUAUUUCCCUUGUUAGUAUCAAGACAUAACCCAGACCUAAUACAUUAAGCUCGAUGUUGAUAGCUAAAAAUGUGGUCUCUUGUCGACCAACUUUUAUAGAGUCUGCAUACAGUUAUCUCCCUAAACAUGGUUGCAUUGGAGGAACAUAAUCUCUGUUCUACAUGCUCUGGGAACCAGUGUAUGUUUGUAAAGAAAUGAGAAAUCAAUAUUUGUCAUCAGCAGCUUUAUUGCAAA